CUCUAGUGACGUUCAUAAGGUCGUUCCGUUAUGCCCUAUAAGCUUUCCGCGACGUUAUCCGGCCACUCAUCCGAUGUCCGUGCGAUAACGUCCCCAACAAACAGCAUCAUACUCUCCGCCUCUCGCGACACCACGGCGGUAUCAUGGGUUAGAUCUUCCCCGAGCACACCUUUUAACCAGGCGUCCGUCCUUCGAGCCGGAUCGCGCUUCGUCAACUCGGUGGGAUACAUCCACCCAUCCAUAGAUGCACCACAGGGUUAUGCGGUCACUGGCGGUCAGGACAUGGUUCUGAACAUCUUCCCGCUUGACGGCGCGGAUAAGGAUGAUCCAACUUACUCUCUCGUCGGACACACGGCGAACAUCUGCGCCAUACACGUCUCACCACAGGGCACGAUAAUAUCCGGCUCUUGGGACAAGACCGCUAAAGUCUGGAGCCAGUUCCAACUGCAAUAUGAUCUUCAAGGUCAUACGGAGGCGGUAUGGGCUGUCCUCGCGACUGACGAAGAUCGGUUCUUGACUGCUUCCGCGGACAAAACGAUCAGACUGUGGCAGCAGCACAAGACCGUGCGGACUUUCCAGGGACACAAAGACGUGGUUCGUGGUCUGGCUUGGAUGCCAGAUAUCGGUUUUGCUUCAUGCUCGAACGACAGCGAAAUCAUUGUCUGGACAUUUGAAGGAGACAUUGUGUAUACCCUUUCUGGACAUACAUCCUUCGUCUAUAGUCUGUCGGUUUUACAUACCGGUGAUGUUGUCUCGUCAGGAGAGGAUCGGAGUGUGCGUGUUUGGAAAGAUGGUGAAUGUUCGCAAACCAUUGUGCAUCCCGCAACCUCAGUCUGGGCCGUUGCAACAAUGCCUAACGGUGAUAUUGUCAGUGGCAGCAGCGAUGGCGUUGUGCGCGUCUUCAGUGAGGCGGAAGAACGAUGGGCAAGUGCCGAAGAGCUCAAAGCUUACGGGGACCAGGUCGCCAGCCAGGCUCUUCCUGUACAGCAGGUUGGUGACGUGAAGAAGUCUGAUUUACCCGGACCUGAGGCCCUCAGCGAACCAGGAAACAAAGACGGUCAGGUGAAGAUGGUUAGAAACGGAGACCUUGUCGAGGCGCAUCAAUGGGAUGGGAUGGCACGCCAAUGGCAAAAAGUAGGCGACGUCGUAGACGCAGUGGGAUCUGGACGAAAGCAAAUAUAUCAAGGCAAAGAGUAUGACUAUGUCUUCGACGUCGACAUCAAGGAUGGCGUGCCUCCUCUCAAGCUUCCGUACAAUGCCAACGAGAACCCGUACACCGCUGCUAAUCGGUUCCUCGAGCAAAACGACCUUCCUUUGUCUUACAUCGAUGAGGUUGCCAAUUUCAUUCAAAAGAACGCAAGUGGAACAACUCUCGGUUCAAAUAACAAUGACUAUGUAGACCCUUUCACUGGGGCUUCCAGAUAUCAAGCGCAAUCGAACUCUGCCUCAACGGGGCCAUCAUCGCAGUAUAUGGACCCUUUUACAGGAGCGUCUCGCUAUAGUGGGGCACCUCAACAGGCUUUCCAGCCAUCUUCGGAGUACAUGGACCCAUUCACCGGCGCUUCGCGGUAUAGUGGAAGUCCACAGACGUCUACUCCCACUCCUCAAGCUGCACGGGCCACAGCAAUAAUUCCAUGUGUUGACUCAAUCUCGUUCAAACAAGCAAACGUUUCCGCAAUGCAAACCAAGCUGUACCAGUUUGAUGAAGCGCUGAAAAAUGAAAUUUCGACGUCUUCUCUUGCGAUGUACCCCGACGAACUGGAGAAAAUUGAUGAAGCAUUCGCUUUACUAACUCAGGUCACAAAUGGUACAAAGACAGGUGUUCCGCCGUUGACCGGUCAGCACAUUGAGGCGAUCAUCCCGAUUCUGGAUCGCUGGCCGUCCUCGCAACGGUUCCCUGUAAUGGACCUGAGCCGCUUGCUUGCUGCGUACUGUGCUGCUGCGUCAGCCGCUCCUGGUGAGCGCGAGCAGUUUUUUGCAUGCCUGUUCAAGGCUUCGGACUGGUCAACUAUCGCAUCUGUACGAGCGCCUAUGCCGAAACCUCAGGAGACCAACGUCCUUCUCCUCCUUCGCACCCUUGCCAAUUGCUUCAUGGACGGCACACCCAUCAACGAGGGUCAGUGGGCUAACCAGGUGUUGGAGGCAUUGACGCAAGCACCGCUAGGGGUGUUUAACAAGGCCCAGCGCACUUGCUAUGCAACCAUUCUCUUGAACUUUUCUUGUGCCUACCUCAAGAUUCCGAUCGACUCCAGCGUUAGAUCCAAGCAUGUGGAGCUUACACUUCAGGUCUUGAGAUCAGAGAAGGAGGAUCAGGAAGUUGCCUACCGCACUUUAGUUGCUCUCGGAAACAUGGUAUACGGAGCAAAAUCGCACCGCGCGCCUCUUGACACUACACAGUCGAACGGAGCCAAACAGAUUAUUGCUGCCCUUCCUUCAACUUUUGCUGAUGCUCGCAUCAAGAAUGUUGCCAGCGAGGUCGCACAACUUCUGUGAAACCCCUGAAGAACCAGACCCCGAACUAAAUGCCACCAUAGAGCCGGAAUGUUCCAACAAGGAACUCUCUUUCACUUUCAAUUUCGCAACUUUCGAAUAUCUUUGGGCUCUGGUAGUAUAAACAACUGUGACAUAGGGCGUUGGUCGCAACUCAUGAAAGAUCAAGAACUGGCGUGGCAUGCAAAUGCAUUAAUUAUUUUUGUCACUUGCAUCUUUUGCACCAAAGUGCUGUAUGUAGAAUUGUAUGUUGGAUUACUAGAUGCCUGCGUCAUGUGUGAGCUUGAGCUUAGUUGGUUCGGAAUCAGCUGAUAAC